AUGUCGGAUCUGGUGAACACAGUGCGAGCUGACUUCGUGUCCCAGGGCAUGAACCACUGUGAGGGAGGUUGGCCAAAGAUGAUGGAGAGUUGUAUAAAACAGAACAAUGCCAUUGAAAUAUAUGAGGAAUAUUUUACUGAAACUGACGAGGCUACAGACUGCGAGGAACCUAAAGCGAAAACUGUAAAUCUUUUCAGAGAUUAUGAGAGUUGUAACGGAUGGAAUCGUCCAGUGAGUAGCAUAGCUUGGUGUCCAGAUGGAGAACGGUUAGCGAUAACAUACUGCAACCUUGAAUUUCAAGCGAUCCAGCCGGGCACACCAAAAACAUCAUUCAUUUUUCAUAUAGAUGAUCCAACCCAUCCUGAUGUUAUUCUUAAUCCUCCUUUUCACGUGGUUUCAAGCGAGUUUAGUCCCAGGGAUGUUAAUCUUUUAGCAGGUGGUUGUUAUAACGGUCAAGUAUGUUGGUGGGAUGGUAGAAAAGGUGGAAAACCAGAGGGUGAAAUCAGUCUGGAUAACUCCCACACUGAGCCUGUUUAUAAAACUAAAUGGGUGUCUAGUAAAACAGGGACAGAGUUCUUUACAGCGUCAACAGACGGGAUGGUUUUAUGGUGGGAUAUCAGGAAGUUUGUGGAGCCCUUAGAAUCCUUAAUCCUUGACCCGUGUGGGGAUAAGGGAUCAUUGAGUAAGGCCCAGGGAGCAAGCUGUAUAGAAUAUGAACCAACUAUUCCAACCAAGUUUAUGGUGGGCACCGAGCAAGGAAAUGUGUUUUCUUGUAACAGGAAAGCGAAAACCUCUUCUGAGCGCAUAGUUGGAAUUUAUAAAGCGCAUUUUGGGCCUGUUUACGCGCUUGAAAGAAACCCAUGCUUUCCUAAGAACUUUUUAACUGUCGGAGAUUGGUGUGCGAGAAUAUGGUCAGAAGAUAUUAAAGAAAGUGCCAUAAUGUGGACAAGUGUACAGGAUGGUGUCUUGGAUACUUGGGAUAUCCUGUACCAGCAGCGGACCCCGAUAUUAUCCACCAAAAUAGCCGAUGAUCCUAUAAAUUGUGUAAAGAUUCAUGAACAGGGGUGUCUGGUGGCAAUUGGAUGCAAUAACGGUAGUACCAGUAUCAUAGAGCUCAGUGAGAGUCUCAGUGUCAGCCAAAAGAAUGAGAAAGCCUCUGUAACCGCCAUGUUUGAAAGAGAAACAAGAAGAGAGAAAAUUCUAGAAGCAAGAAACAAGGAGAUUCGCCUGAAAGAGAAAACUAAAGGGAUUCUAGGACUGGGAGGAGGAGGAGGAAGGUAA